UGUCAGUCGACAUUCAUAAGCCCUUCUUCCACUUACGAGGGAUUUCCAUUGUUGUCAAGAGUACAUUCAGUUUAAAAACGCGUGUGAAAUCUCCAAAAUAUGAAUUAAAUACUUACGUAUCUCACUGUUAUGCUUGCCUCAGGGGUCCAGUGACCGAUGGACACUGGGGAAUUAUGCUGUUGUAUGAGAACACUCAGCCAUGGGGAAGUGGCUCUCAUGGCAUGAGGAAGGUCAGGAAUAAUCCGGAUUGUUUGUUUAUGCUCAUCGGUUGGUGGAUUUUAUACGCAAUUUAUGACAAGUGCCUUCAUUUACUACUCCGUCGUAUGCACUAUGGAGUAAUAAAACGCAGAAGAAUAAUCGAUGCCCUGUGGUGCACAGGUUUCACACUCCUGAGUGCAUUCUACUUGCGAUUUUUCGUGCCUAAAUCCGUCGACAGUGCUUGUAUUUUUCAAAAACCCAGAUACCUGGAGCUGGGAAUAACAUUUCACAAGAGUUUUUAUUUGCACAGAGCGGGAGUGGAGAUUGUUUAUCAUGGGGGUUGGCUGAGGGGAUGGACAACACUCAUGUUUUGUCUGAUUAUCCACAGUUCAUCGCAACUCAAGUGGUUUGAUAUUAUAAUGAAUUUACUAUUCUUCAAAGCCACCUCGACCUCGAUGCUCAACAUCUGCCGGAUUUUAUCAACAAUAAGAACGAAAAAAACAUCAACUAUUGUUAAAAUAUUGCUGGGGAUUUAUUUUGUAAAUUUGGUGUACGUCCACACUCUAGUCGUACCUGAUUUCACUCUGUGGAACGCAAGGGGCCUUAAGAAUGACGUUGUGACUCUCAUUUGCAUGUGGCUGUGGCUAUUCCUUGAAUUUCUGAAUGAAGUGAGGAGUAUCAGGUUGGGAUAUUUGAACGCCGAUAAAUUUAUAAAUUCAUAUUUAUUCGUUCCGCCGUCCGAAGGGUCCAUCCAAUUGCGUGAAAUAUGUAAGAAGUUGAGGGAAUCCUCGAGUGAUAAAAUACCAGAGGAUAUUGACAGUAAAAAAAGUGCACAACUCUGGCAAACAUUAUCUUGUGCGAUGAUAAUGAAGAAAAAACUCAAGAGACUCCGAGCGAUGAAGGAAAACCUUUCCCCUUCAGCCACGUCAUAACUGCCUUAAAAUCAUCAAUUUCAUCAUCAGAAUAUCGAAAUAUUCACGAGAAAUGUCUUUUGAUCUUUUCUCCAAACAUCGCUCAUCAUCAAGAUAUUAUUAUUCUCAUGACAUUGAUAUUUGACUAAAAAAUCAACUCUUUGAAUUUUUAUCGUUAAAUAUUUUUAUAAUUGUGUAUUCACUUCGUAAACUAUAAGUUCCAUGAAAAAAAAAAACUCAUGAAAAUUGUCUUUUUCCAUUUUACCAAAGCAUUAUCAUGAUACAAACAUUUCAUGCAUUUUCAACUUUUUAUCCAAUAAUUUAUGUAAAAUUAUUUAUAAAUUUGAAAUAAAA